AUGGGACAGAGAGCUUCUGAUACCAGAGGAAUAACAUUUGAAGAUGUCCGUAUACCAAAAGAAAAUGUACUUGGUGUUCCAGGAGCUGGAUUUAAAAUAGCUAUGUCAACUUUUGACUUUACUAGACCUAUUGUGGCUGCAGGAGCUAUCGGUUUAGCCCAACGUGCGUUAGACGAAGCUACCAAAUACUCCAUGGAAAGAAAAACUUUCGGUGCCCCAAUUGCCAAACACCAAGCUAUAGCUUUCAUUUUGGCAGACAUGGCCAUCGGGAUAGAAACAUCCCGUUUAGCUUGUAUUAAAUCCGCCUGGGAAAUCGACAACGGAAUAAAAAAUACCCUCACAGCUUCAAUAGCUAAAGCUUACGCCUCUGAUGUAGCAAACAAGUGUGCAAGUGACGCAGUUCAAAUAUUCGGGGGCAAUGGAUUCAACAGCGAAUACCCGGUAGAAAAAUUAAUGAGGGAUGCAAAAAUUUUUCAGAUUUAUGAAGGAACUUCCCAGAUUCAGAGAAUUAUUAUUUCAAGGGCGCUUUUUGAAAAUGCUAAGCAAACUAUGUAG